AUGCGUUUCUAAUUAGGCUUCUAAAUGAUUCAGUCAAUCAGAAACCAUCCUUGCUACUGAAUUCAGUAGACUAACUUACUUAAUGCUAUUACACUUGACUGACUUCAGUCGUCUGAAUUCAGCCAAGUGUAAUAAGCCUAUAAAUAUACUAACUCUAUGGUCCCACGUAAUACUACAUACGAAGUCGUCCUACAACUUUCUAUACCAGCACCAACAUAAUAAUGCAGUCUUGAGUAGUCUGUGCAGGCUGAUUGUGGUCGGCAGGGACGAAAAUAAAAGGAAAUCAAUUAAAAAUAAUCACGAAUUUGUUUCUUUUAUAAUUCCAAUGUUGCGUAGAAUAAAUAUAAUGAAUGCCUACAAAGGAUAUUUAUUAGAACCUUAUACCUGUUGCCAUCAAAUAACAAGCAACUAUGUUUCUGCCAAAUAUUCUACAAACGUCCAAAAUUUACCCCGUCUACCUGUGCCAAAGCUAGAGACUACAUUAAAUAAAUAUUUGAAAACAGUUAGGCCUCACUUAAACGAUCAAGAAUAUGAAAUAACUAAAUCACUUGUCAAAGACUUUAUCUCAGAAGGGAGUACUGGACAAAAAUUACAGAGUUUAUUGGAAAAUAGAGCAGAACAUCAUUCAAACUGGCUUGAACAAUGGUGGCUGAAUACUGCUUACUUAGAAUACCGAGACCCUGUUGUUAUUUUUUCAAGUCCUGGUCUAGUCUUUCCAUUCAGACAGUUCAAUACAAGAAAGGAACAGUUAUUGUAUGCAGCUAAAACAUUGUUGGCAGCUGCUGAUUACAAAGCACUGAUUGAUGGUGAUAAAAUACCAGUAGAAAUGAUGGGAAAAAAUCCUCUAGACAUGUCUCAAUAUAAGAAAAUUUUCGGAACAUGCAGAAUACCUUGGGAAAAACGUGAUAAAUUGUCAUAUAACAAUAGCAAGCAUGUCACUGUCAUCCAUAAUAAUCAUAUAUUCCAUGUAGAUGUUUGGGGUGAAGAUGAUAUAUUAUUAAGUGAAGAUCAACUUGUGCAAAGCUUAGAAAAAGUAAUGGAGCUGUCCUCAACGCCGACGGAGGAUGGUAUUGGUAUUCUCACAUCCGAAAAUCGAGAUACAUGGGCUAAAGCGUAUCAGAUUCUAAUAAAAGAUAAAACGAACGAGGAUUCACUUAUCGAUAUUGAGAAGAGUUUGGCAGUACUGUGUCUAGAUGCUCCUGUAGGAUUGUGGAAGUGCGCCGAUCCAAAUGCCCGUAGGAAUCUAGCAGGUGCUCAGACAAUCCAUGGCGGUGGCUCCAAAGCUAAUGGCGGGAAUAGAUGGUUUGACAAAACAGUACAGUUCAUUGUUGGUGCCGAUGGAGUGACAGGACUAACCUACGAGCAUUCCCCGGCGGAAGGUCAACCAAUCGCGGUCAUGACCGAUUACAUCGUCAACUACAUAGAUCAAGGUAAAGGUAACAAGAAACCAUCAGCUAAGCCCAGUGAACCGAAACAUUUGAGAUUUAACGUGAAGCCUGAAGUAAAAGAAAUGAUUAAAGCUUCACAAACACAUCUCGACAGAUUAGUAGCUAAUCUCGAGUUGAACUGUUUCCAAUAUGACAAAUACGGUAAAAAUUUCAUAAAAUCUCAAAAGCUCAGUCCGGACAGUUAUUUGCAAAUGGCGAUGCAACUGGCUUUCUACAGACUACACAACACGCCCGGCGCGCACUACGAGUCAGCAGCAACAAGGAUGUACGCGGGAGGGCGAACUGAAACCAUAAGAUCUUGUUCGAUUGAAUCUAUAGAGUUUGCGAAAGCUAUGCUGAAUCCACAAAUUGCACCGAAAGAGAAAUUAACUAAACUACAAAACGCUAUCAACGGACAUAAAGAUUACACUGUGCAGGCUCUUCAAGGAUUUGGUGUGGACAGACAUCUACUUGGUUUGAAGCUUAUCGCACUUGAAAAUGGUAUCGAACUACCCAAGCUGUACACAGACCCAGGUUAUACUAGAAGUGCGCAUAUGAGAAUUUCAACAAGCCAGGUGGCGUGCAAGUGCGAUGGGUUCAUGUGUUACGGGCCCCUCGUGCCGGACGGCUACGCCACUUGCUAUAACCCACGAGACAACGACGUCAACUUCGCAACCUCCGCAUUCGUCGAAAAUCCCGCUACCAGCUGUGACAAAUACAGGCAAGCUUUGGAGCAGUCACUACAGGACAUGCAUGAUUUACUUCUUAAAGUAACCAAAUCUAAGCUCUAAUAUGAUAUGUAUGAAAUGUAAACAAUCGGCUUAUGAGAUAAGAGUAGUUAUUAUUACAGUGUUAACUUUCCAUUACGUCCAUUAUAAAAAAAAAGACUUAUAACACAAAUUAAGGAUUUGAUAGUAAUGUGCAUUCCUCCCGAAUAAUUUUUGAAUCAGAAUCACUUGACUACCGAUAUCGAUAUUCAGAUCUAAUGGCCCAACCAUUUUAUUUAAUUUUACAAGUUUACCUAGAGAUCUUGUAGCGGAGGCAGCUGAGCUUUGAAAUGAAUUCGUUUGAAAUUUAACUGUAAGUAACCCAUACAUCGAUAUUUAUAACACACACACUCCACAUCGUUCUCUAUAACAAAGUAUGUACUACACCCAAAUUAGACGUGGAAAGAGUUGGCGCUGUAAAUUUGUAUGGAUUGUGUUGCUUUAUAUUUCGCUUUGUAUUAUAUAUUGAUUGUAUUUUACGUACUAUUAUACCAUCGGUAUUUUUACGAAUAAUCAAAGACUGAAUUCAUAGUAUUUUGAUUUUUUUAAUUAUUAUACACAGUCAAUUCUAGAUGCUAUUAACAUCAAUACGUCAUGUUUGACGUAGACGAAGUAGACUGUGGACCGACAGUAAGCAGUCCCCGUCGCUCCGGAAUCAGCAACGCCAGAGGCACAACCAAGUCACCGCUUAAAUAGAUUCACAUUAUUUAUCCCAUCUAGUGAAUCUUAUAUCGCGGUAGAACAAUGUGUGGGCUAGCUUUACUUUGGUCGUCCAAGAUUAUUUCUACAGCAUGGAAGAUAGAACUAAGGAGCACCAUCUUGUUUAGGGGACAAGUUGAAAAAGUGUAUGAAUAUAUUAAUAGCGGUUUUAAGCAGAGUGAAAUUUGCUGGGUUGUAUGUCAGAAGGGCAAUUAUUUUACUGUCAUGAUUGUCCAAUCAUUUCAAUAACUUUGGGUAAGAAUAUUGAAAAAAUAUUAGCACUAUCUGAAAAGUAAUUACUAUGACAUUAGGAUUUCAUAAUAAUUCUACAUCACAAGUUGUAUAUUUUCAAAGAAAGGUUUAUAAGGCAUAAAAUGCCAAAUAGUAAAUUAAAUUAUCAAUCACAUUUGGGAUGAUUUCUAAAACUCAAUUCUCAAUGUUUUAAUUCUUACUAUUCAUAUGUUUUUCAAGUCAAUUGUUUUAAUGCUAUUAAAAUAAUAAUUUAACUGUACAAACAUUUAUUGAAACAAAUAAUUAUUAUCUAAAAUAAAUAUGUGUUUAGUUUUUGUUUAUUGUGAUAAAUACUCAUAAUUAAAUAUUUUAUUUCGCUUAAAACGAUAAUACAUUAUUGCGGUGAGGGGCCAAUUUUAAUUAAAAACAAAUGGGGAAAAAUAAAUGGAUAACAAUCAUUCUUUUUUGUAAAUGUCAAUAACUAUGUAUAACGUGGUGCUAACAAAAAAAUUCAUAUUUACAUUUGUUAUACAAUAAAUUUUUUAUCCAGUAAUAAAGUGCGUUAUUAAUCAUAAAAUUAAAUAUAAGCCAUUAAUAAAACCAUCACCAAAUAGUCUGCCCGAUUAUGAAUAAAGCAAGUUACACCGAAUGAUUUUGUAUUACAAGAUCAAUGAAAAAAAAAUUCGAAAUAUCCGAGUAACUUAUGUUUUAUACCACAUGGUGUCUUGUUUAGAUUUUUAACUUAUUGAUAUGUCUAAUUUAACAGAUAUACUUAAAUAUUAAGACAUUUUACAACCCAUAUAUUUGGAUAACUAGUGUUCUUUUGAUUUCCCACUCAUUACUGUUACAUAGGUACUUAUUUUGAGGCAGCGAUUAAUGCGAAAAAUUAUUGUUCUUGGUCAAUAAGGAUCUAUUACGAAUAGAGACAGAAUACAAUAGAAAAUGUUAGAAGUAAACCCAUGUCACCAGUCUUACUGAAACUGUAACACAUAAUAAUAUAAGAGUAAAUAUAAGAGAUAAUUAUGUAUGUUUGACCAGGCAGUUCAAAAAUUAUUCGAUGUUGGUAGUGAUUGUCGCUGUGGUAAUUCUCCAACAUUUUUUAUUUAUUUUUAGUUAUAAAAAUAAACUAAUUUUUAUAGGGCAUUUUAAUUAUGAAUACGGCCUGCGGCAUCUAAAUAAAAAACGCGAAGCGGCUACUACCGCAAGCAAUAAAGGGGUGGAAUUGCAAAAACUUUUUAGAUUACCGUCUGAACUAAUUUAAGGUUGAUCAAUUGAUCUAACGACACUUAAUUUAUUCUAAGUAUUUUAUUUUGAACAAGAACAUUUUACUUCAAAUUAUAAUUGAAGGACGAAGGGGAUACGAUACAAUUUGUUAAUUUUGAGAAAACGGGCAACAACAAACUUUUGGUACUUGUAGUUUCUUCGUACAUAACUUCUUCAUCACAUGCAAUUUCUGAAAAUAGCCUUUAAACCCGGAGUUUUGUCUAAUAUGGUUUAUGGGCACAUAACACCUUCAUUCGAUGUAAAAAUUCAAUAUCUCAAAAAUGAUACUGAACCCCUUCAUCCACUCGUGUCUUCAAUUACUGAAGAAUUGUAAUUUUGCUAUAACCCUAGUAUAAUCCGGCAUCGACAAACAUCAAGGACGUUUCAACUAUAGGGAAUGUAAAAAUAAGGUAAUCGGCUGAAAGUAGCGUUUAUGACAAAGAUAGACGUGACAUAUUGUUAUGUCAUUAUCAUAAAUUACAAUGUACCGACGAAAUACUGAUCUGAUUAUUUGCAGAUUUGAAUAACUAUACUAAAUUAUUAAUUAAGUUAUCAUUUAUGUGCUAUGACUAAUUAUUCAUACUAUUUUCUCCUAAAAUACCUACAUACGCCUCUUUAUCAAAUGAACUAUUUUCCUACCGUUUAAUGUAGACGCUUUUUUGUGAUAGCUACAAUAACUUUUAUCUUAAACUAAUUUUUAGCAGCCGAAAUUCAUAGCUAAUCCAAGAUGAAAUCACAUUAAUAUACUUUUUACUGUAACCAAGAUGUAAUGAUGUAUGACAAACUAAUGUUUCUCUUGUUCAUAAUAAAAAAACUUAUCGGAAGCAAAAACCGACAUCAGAUAAAACGUCACAAGUCUAUCGAACUUUCGAUAAAAUUAUUUAUUCAUAAUGGUUUUCAAAGCCUCUGCUUUGCAAUUCCGCUAUAGUGUGUAACACCCAUAUUACGUAAAAAAUAAAACCGUAUCGGUUCUUGAAAUCGGGGUUAUACCGAUUUUAUACACUCCCACGUUAUCGAUCCACAAUUUUGUCCCAUAUUUUAUAACGCAUAAAAAUCGCUCGGUUGGUUUAGUUUCAUAUAAUUCACGCGAUGCUCGCGCCCCCGCCGCCCACCACUUACCUCACACACUGCUUUCCAACACCAUCCGAACAGAACAAGCUUGUGGAAAGGAAAUUAAAUAAUGACUAUCACAUAGAUUUAAAAUGUGUUAUAAUAAUUUAUUAUGACUAUAAAACAUGUCAAAUAUAUCUUUUAUAUAUGAUAAUCCAUCACGCGAAGUAGAUAAGCACAACUAUUCAGUAUAUUCAUAAAUUUUGCUUCCUGUUCUUGGAAAUAAGUAUUAUUUAAAUGCUUGUAACAUUAACGCCUCAGUAACGAACAUCCAACAAAAUUAAAUGAUUACACUUCAAAUGUUAUCUUUAAAUAAACUAAGGUUGAGAUUUUCCUGACACACGAUCAUAAAUGACAACAGAAGAGGAUGCGAAACCAAGAUAGGUACUCAUAAAAAGUGAGGCGUCGUAAUUAUAAAACAUGUCAUUCAAAACUGAAAUGGUAGGCGGCAACGCUCGCAGUGGUAGAAAACUUGAACUCUCUUGGGUCGUGGGUAGUUCAACGAAAGAACGGUGAUAACGUGGUCAUCUCAAAAAUUUUACAUUUCAACAAGAACGAUAUAUGGGUUCUUAGUCUGCGGGCACGAAACUUGCGACGGCCUAACGAUGGCGGGGCGGCGCGACUGCGAUGUAUACAAAAGCAUUGCACAGUAUAGCGACGGGCACGAAACGGACGAAGGCGGAGCGGGGCGAUCGAGCGAUGUACGGGCGACGGUGGAGCGACGGCGACGCGGAAGCGACGAGAACAAACUACUUAGUUUGAUUUCGUCGCUUGCGCGGGUACACGGUGUUGUAUUGAAUUAUUAUAUUAGUAAUGGAAAUGAUAAUGAGGAAUUUAUAUCUUGUAUUUAUCAAAACCUGCUCUAUAGGAUAGUAAAAACGUAUACCAUAAAAACAAAAAGGUUGUAUUGAAGUGUUGGGAAGAAAGAAAAUGUCAUUUUGGGAUUAUUCUAUACCUUCUUGUAUAGUUGUACAAUGUCAUUGAAUGACACCUUGGCUCGUAAUAAAGCGUAGAAAAUUCUCACAAAUUGCGUCUUCGUUGAUUUAUUGGAUGAAACAUCAUCUCUAGGUAAUAAUAAUUCCCUCAUUAUGAGACUAGGUUCCAAUAGUUCUCUUCGACUUAAGCUCAUAUUUCGCACAACACUGCUCGAGCGCGACUGUCCGCCAUCUUGUUUUAUGUCCGCGCGAGAUAUCGUUGCCUGACCGCCUCGCGUCGCGUCGCCCCGCUGCCGCCAUCGCUCAGCCAUCGCAAGUUUCGUGCCCGUAGACUUAAUCGCAAUCAAAACUCUUUCUUUAACCAUAAAAUAACUCAUUAAAGAAACAGUUACCCAAUUCCCCGGCUAUCAUCAACAUACCAGUGCAUGCCAUUAAAGGGCAGUAUUUCAUUAAUAUGCGUUAUGGUGUGAGGUAGCACUAAACCUUAUAGACCACCAUCAAAAACGGUCUUAUCAGCAACGCUAUGUCCAUCCAAAUAGCUAGAGAUCCACUGAAAUCUUAGGGAAUAGGUACGGUAAGCUCGAUGAAAGUUUCGACAAAAGCUUACAUCAACGUAGAAUACAAUGUUUCUAGGUAGGUAAUCUAAAGGGAACACGGGAAAAACAAACUUACAAAAAAAUUCUGGAUGCAUUAAAACACGUAUCGAUAAUUUCACAAAAUGGCGCACAUGACUCGUGGCAAUACUAAUUAAGGAUAAUUUUAUUGUAGAUUCCUUUACUCUUAACAUCAAAGCGCUUAACCCACUAAAAUAUGUCCAUAUUUGUUAGGGCGAUGUUUUUUUUUGUGAAGUUUCAUAGUCACCAUAUGAUAAUUUUGCAUUCUCCUCCAUUACUAUUUUAAGCAUAAGAAAACUUCAAUGAAUUUCUAUUGUACGGAUAUUAGCACAAGUUCUGUGUAUUUAAAAUUAUUAAAUUUCAUUUAUUGAUUAAUUACUAAGUACAUCCUUAAUUUCACAAGUUGAAUUUUACAUAUUAGAUAUAAAUGACAAUACUUAUUAGGUAGGUAAAGAACGUGUAAGACGGAGGUUAUAUGUAAAGUCUGGCAUCAGUUUAGUCCCUGAUUGGUAACAGAUUUUUUAUGUGACGUGUGAAUUCGUGGAUUUUUUAUAUUUUUUGUCAAUCAACACCAUUUUUAAA